AUGGACUCGCACUGCGACUGUGCCGAGCCCCCGGCCGUGGAGCAGCCGUCGGGCAGGAUCAACAAAACGGCCUUCAAGCUGUUCAAGAGGAGGAAAGCGGGCGGCCCCAUGCCGAGCAUCUUCGGGGUGAAAAACAAAGGUGGGGACGGGAAGGGCGCGGGCAACGCGGGCAUGGUGCGGAGCAAGACGCACGACGGCUUAGCCGAUGCCGUGCUGGAGAGCAGCAAGAAGGAGGAACCGAGCGGCGGCGGCACCGGCGGCGAGCAGCCGAGCAGGGACGCAAACGCGCCAGCCGCCGCCAGCCUCGGCACCUCGUCCGGCAGCGCGGUGGCCAAGUCGCACAGCUUCUUCUCCCUGCUCAAGAAGAACGGGAGAUCGGACAACAGCAAGGGGGAGAGCGCAGAGCCGCGCGCGGGCGGCAGACAAAAGAAGGGGCUGAGAGGGAUCUUCAGCAGUAUGCGGUGGCAUAGGAAGGACAAAAACGGCAAGGAGGAGAGGGGGGAAAUCUCCGAAAUCCCAUCCGGUCUCAUUAUGCCGGGGUCGCUGACCGCCAGCUUGGAAUGCAUCAAGGAGGAGACCCCGAAACCUUUGUCUGAGACCCCGAACGGCACUGCAGAAAUCAGCAUCGAAUCGUCCUGCGAGAAGCCCGUCAGAGACCCGCGCGCCUCGGCCCAGGAGACGGAUGCGGGAGCCGGGGAGCCGCAGGAGAGCAGAGCCCUCUCCGGGGAGGAUCCUGCCGCUGCUGGGAGCCGACCCGAGGAGCUCAGCCCCGAGCAACCGGACCCGGGCGCAGGAGAGGUUGGGACUGCGAAGGAUGCGGCCAUAACAGGCUGCGGAGAUAUUAUUGCGGACCAUGAGGAGGAAGGGGGCGGCGGGAGUGGCGCCUGCGGGAAGAGCACCCCUGGGGCCAGCAAGCCRGGCGCCACCAAGAAGCACCCCACCAUGGUGGCCUACCAAGGAGGAGGGGAGGAGAUGGCAAGUCCGGACCAGGUGGAUGACACUUGCCUGCAGGAGUUUUGGGAUAUGCUGUCACAGACAGAGGAGCCAAGCCCACAUACCCACAUAGAAGGAGGAGGAGGAGGAGGGACGAGGACGCCUGAGGGGCUGAAGGAGACCCGAGGUACCGAGGGGGCCCAGAACAGGGUGGCGGUGAAACGUGGCGGUCUCAACCAGAUUCCCAUUCAUCUCAACCACAAAGAGGAGCAGAAAGGCAGGGAGAAGGAGCAGCACGAAGGCAUCCCAAACAGUGACGAGGGCUACUGGGACUCCACCACCCCCGGGCCGGAGGAAGACACCACCACAAGCAUCCAGAAGGAGACYAUCCCCAGGGACAGCUACAGUGGGGAUGCUCUCUACGACCUUUAUGCCGAGCCAGAGGAGAACCCGCCGGGGGGACCUUCUGAUGAAGAGGUCACCAGCGUGCCGCGCUCCAAGCCCGUGUCGCCAAUAAYCACCACGUGCUCGCUGAAAACACCCUCGAGCGCCGUGAAGGACUCCAAGAUACCCAUCAGCAUUAAACACCUUGCGUCGCACCCUGCCAGCCACGCAGCAGACGCCAGCAACAGCCACCACGUCGCGCACCAUCACCUGGCCAAGAGUGAGAUGCACAGAACAAAAAUCCCCGUCUCCAAAGUGCUGGUGCGCCGGGUCAGCAACAGGGGCUUAGCAGGGACUACAGUCAAAGCCGCCACAUACCAGGACAGUGCCAAAAAGUAGCUGAAUACGGCGUGGAGACAAAGAUGGACAGCAAGUUUGGCGCUUGAAAGUCUUGUGUAGGAGACCACUAAUAAUGAGUUUGUUUUGCAUCACCUGAAGAAAGGCACUAAGAGGCUUCCUGUUGUGUACUCCAGGGGCCUGUACUUCCAAAUCCCUUCUUACUAUUCUGUACGGCUGAGUAUGAAAAGUCAACUUCUUUCCAAGCACUUUUUUUACAUUUGUAUCUUUUUUUCUGCAGCACUGAACACAGGGGAGAUUCAUUUUUACAUGCCUUUGUGGAAGCAGAACUUGGAUUAUGAACCUAAAUGAGCAUCUUUCUUCACAUAAAGCAGUGCCACGAGUUCUCCAAGGACGCAGUCACACAGGGAGGAGCACCAGGCGUUUUCCAAUACACUUCUCUUAAUCAUUUCUGGAAGAGGCAUGGAGGGAGGGUGCUCGACUCCGAAUAUGGUGUUUGCUGCACAAGAUGUUGGAAAAAAAUGCCAAGCAAAACACAAACGACCUAAAACAGGUAUUUGACCUGACGUAGGAACAUGAGCACUGCUCAGAAGCAGACUUGAUCGACUUGUGUGCUGUAGCUAACUAAGGAAUUAGGUGGAUUUGUCUAACAGGAAAAAUAUUUUUGUUUGUCCAUCUGUUUGUUUGGUUUCAGUCUGCUCUAACGUAAAGGAGUAACAGAGACACCUGACCUAGGCUCAGAUGUUUACAUCAAUACUUGUCCAGUGACGAAUACAAUCAGGUUCA